UUUCUCUUUUACUUCCUAGGUAAUAUGCAUGUGUCACUAGCAGAGGCCCUGGAGGUUCGGGGUGGACCACUGCAGGAGGAAGAAAUAUGGGCUGUAUUAAACCAGAGUGCUGAAAGUCUCCAAGAAUUAUUCAGAAGAGUGAGCAUUGCUGACCCUGCUGCCCUGGGCUUCAUCAUCUCUCCAUGGUCGCUGCUCCUGAUGCCGUCUGGCAGUGUGUCCUUCACAGAUGAAAACAUCUCCAGCCAGGACCUCCGUGCGUUCACUGCUCCGGAAGUGCUUCAGAACCAUUCACUGACCUCCCUCUCAGAUGUUGAGAAGCUCCAUAUUUAUUCUCUUGGAAUGACGUUGUACUGGGGGGCCGAUCACGAAGUACCUCAAAGCCAGCCCAUCAAGCUGGGAGACCAUCUCAACAGCAUUCUCCUCGGCAUGUGUGAGGAUGUGAUCUAUGCUCGGGUGUCGGUGCGGACCGUCCUGGAUGCCUGCAGCGCCCAUGUUAGGAAUAGCAACUGUGCACCUUCGUUUUCCUACGUGAAGCAGCUGGUAAAGCUGGUUCUGGGAAACAUUUCUGGGACGGAUCAGCUUUCCCGUAGCAGUGAACAAAAGCCUGACCGAAGCCAGGCUAUUCGAGACCGAUUGAGAGGAAAAGGAUUACCCACAGGAAGAAGCUCCACUUCUGAUGUACUAGACAUGCACAAGGCUCCAUUCUCUCAUCAGACUUUUCUUAACAAAGGUCUUAGUAAAUCUAUGGGAUUUCUGUCCAUCAGAGACACACAGGAUGAGGAAGGUUCCUUCAAGGACACCCCAUCUGAUAAUAAUUCCAGGCAUGAAGAUUAUGAGACUGUCUCUUCCCCUUACCAGUUCAAAACUAGCAGUCCACAAAAAAAGGUUUUCCCUGGAAUCGACGUGCUGUCUAAGAAGAAGGUCUGGGCUUCAUCCAUGGACUUACUUUGUACGGGUGACAGAGACUUUUCUGGAGAGACUGACAGGUACCAACACUGUGACCCUGAGGCAGUAACAGGACGGACUUCACCCACUCCUAGAAAAAAAGAGGCAAGGUACUCUGAUGGAAGCAUUGCCUUGGAUGUCUUUGGCCCUCAGAAAGUGGAGCCAGUGUAUCACACUCGAGAAGCGCCAACCUCCUCUGCAGUAUCAAGUGCUUUGGACCGAAUUCGAGAGAGACAAAAGAAACUUCAGGUUCUGAGAGAAGCCAUGAAUGUAGAAGAACCAGUUCGAAGAUACAAAACUUACCACAGUGAUAUCUUUAGUACCUCCAGUGAAAGUCCAUCUAUUAUUUCUUCUGAAUCAGAUUUCAGACAAGUGAGAAGAAGUGAAGCUUCCAAGAGGGUUGAGUCUAGCAGCGGUCUGUCUGGAGUGGAAGACGCUGGUCAGGGCCAGUCACAGAGACCAAGUAGACAAUAUGAAACAUCCCUUGACGGCAACUUCAUCAAUCAGGAGAUGAUGCUAAAGCGACAAGAAGAGGAAAUGAUGCAGUUGCAAGCCAGGAUGGCUCUCCGACAGUCUCGGUUGAGCCUGUAUCCAGGGGACACGAUCAAAGCUUCCAUGCUUGACAUCUCGAGAGAUCCACUAAGAGAAAUUGCCCUGGAGACAGCCAUGACCCAGAGAAAACUGAGGAAUUUCUUUGGCCCUGAGUUUGUGAAGAUGACAAUUGAGCCAUUUAUUUCUUUGGAUUUGCCACGGUCUAUCCUUAAUAAGAAGGGGAAGACUGAGGACCACCGGAGAAAAGUGAACAUAAUGCUCCUGAGUGGGCAGAGACUCGAGCUCACCUGUGACACCAAGACCGUGUGCAAGGACGUCUUCGAUAUGGUCGUGGCUCAUGUUGGCUUAGUGGAGCAUCAUUUGUUUGCUCUAGCUACCCUCAAAGAGAAUGAAUAUUUCUUUGUUGAUCCUGACUUAAAAUUAACCAAAGUGGCCCCAGAGGGAUGGAAAGAAGAACCAAAGAAAAAGGGCAAAGCCGCUGUUGAGUUCACUUUGUUUUUCCGGAUCAAAUUUUUCAUGGAUGAUGUUAGUUUGAUACAACACAACCUCACGUGCCAUCAGUACUACCUUCAGCUGCGGAAGGACGUUCUGGAGGAGCGGGUGCACUGUGACGAUGAGACAGCCCUCCUGCUCGCGUCCUUGGCUCUCCAGGCGGAGUAUGGAGAUUACCAACCAGAGGUCCACGGAGUGUCCUACUUUCGCCUGGAGCAUUAUUUGCCUGCCAGAGUGAUGGAGAAGCUUGACUUGUCCUACAUUAAAGAGGAGUUACCCAAAUUGCAUAACACCUAUGCAGGCGCUUCCGAGAAGGAGACCGAGCUGGAGUUCUUAAAGGUCUGCCAGAGGCUGACGGAGUACGGAGUACAUCUUCACCGGGUACACCCAGAAAAAAAGUCGCAGACAGGAAUACUGCUUGGCGUGUGUUCCAAAGGUGUGCUCGUGUUUGAAGUUCACAAUGGGGUGCGCACCUUGGUCCUUCGCUUUCCAUGGAGGGAAACCAAAAAGAUUUCCUUCUCGAAAAAGAAAAUCACGUUACAGAACACGUCCGAUGGAAUCAAGCAUGCGUUCCAGACAGACAGCAGUAAGGCAUGCCAGUACCUGCUGCAGCUCUGCUCUUCCCAGCACAAGUUCCAGCUGCAGAUGCGGGCGCGCCAGAGCAACCAAGAUGCCCAAGACAUUGAGAGAGCUUCGUUUAGGAGCCUGAACCUGCAAGCAGAGUCCGUUAGAGGAUUUAAUAUGGGCCGCGCGAUCAGCACUGGCAGCCUGGCCAGCAGCACCCUCAACAAACUUGCCGUCCGACCCGUGUCGGUACAAGCUGAGAUUCUGAAGAGGCUCUCCUGCUCAGAGCUGUCGCUUUUCCAGCCAUUGCAGAACAGCUCAAAAGAGAAGAAUGACAGAGCUUCAUGGGAGGAAAAGCCUAGAGGGAUGAGUAAAUCCUAUCAUGACCUCAGUCAGGCCUCUCUCUAUCCUCAUCGGAAGCAGGUCAUUAACAUGGAGUCCCUACCACCAGCCUUGGCGGAGAUGGUGGGAAAACCACUGUACCCGAUGGCCAGAUCUGACACAGACUCAUUGGCAGGACUCACAAAGCUUAAUAAUUCAAAGUCUGUUGCCAGUUUAACUAGAAGCCCUGAGAGGAGGAAACAUGAAUCAGACUCAUCCACUGAAGACCCCGGUCAAGCAUAUGUUCUAGGAAUGGCUUUGCCUAGUUCUGGAAAAUCUUCAUCCCAAGUACCCUUUAAAGACAAUGGUAGGUUUACAAAAUGUUUUCCCUCAUUCCAUCAUAUUUUUUUUCUUUUCUUGUUCUGUUUUACAGGAUUUCAAAUUAUUGGUGGGGAAAAGAUGGGAAGACUGGACCUAGGUGUAUUUAUCAGUUCAGUUACCCCUGGAGGACCAGCUGACUUGGAUGGAUGCUUAAAGCCUGGAGACCGCUUGAUAUCUGUGAACAGUGUGAGUCUGGAGGGGGUUAGUCACCAUGCUGCAGUUGACAUUCUGCAGAAUGCACCUGAAGAUGUGACACUUGUCAUCUCCCAGCCAAAAGAAAAGCCAUCCAAAGUGCCUUCUACUCCCGUGCAUUUUGCCAAUGGGAUGAAAAACUACAUGAAGAAGCCUUCCUACAUGCAGGACAGUGCUACGGACCCUUCAGAGGCCCAGCCCUGGCCACGGGGCACCCUCAGGCAUGUCACAGAGAGUCCUUUUGGGCUCUCUGGGGGCCUGCGGGAAGGAAGCCUCAGCUCCCAGGACUCCAGGACCGAAAGCGCCAGCUUGUCCCAGAGCCAUGUCAACGGCUUCUUUGCUGGCCACUUAGGUGACCGAGGCUGGCAGGAGUCACAGCAUGGCAGCCCAUCUCCAUCUGUAACGUCCAAGGUCAUGGAGAAGAUUUUCUCUGGCAGUAACCGAAGCAAAGCUAAAAGGCCAGGCAUUUCUGACACAACUGAGCUCUCUGAUCACGGUGAUUCCGACAUAGAUGACGCCACUUAUGCCAGCAACCAGGAUCAUCCAGCACCGCAAAAGGAACCUUCCUCCUCAGUGAAUACAUCCAACAAAAUGAGCUUUAAAACGCUCUCUGCAUCACCUCCUGAGCCUGGAGAUAUCUUUGAGGUUGAACUGGCUAAAAAUGCUAACAGCUUGGGAAUAAGUGUCACGGGAGGUGUGAAUACCAGCGUCCGACAUGGUGGUAUUUACGUGAAAGCCAUUAUUCCCAAAGGAGCAGCAGAGUCGGAUGGCAGAAUUCACAAAGGUGAUCGUGUGCUCGCUGUUAAUGGAGUCAGUCUGGAAGGAGCUACCCACAAACAAGCUGUGGAAACACUAAGAAACACAGGGCAGGUGGUUCAUCUGUUGUUAGAAAAGGGGCAGUCCCCGACGUCCAAAGAACACGACCCUGCAAGCUCACAGUGCACCCCUCCAGACCAGGAUGGCCACGGUCGAACCCCAGAAAAGACAGUGAAGAAAACAGCUCACGUCAAAGACUACAGCUUUGUUACUGAAGAUAAUACAUUUGAGGUCAAACUGUUCAAGAAUAGCUCGGGCCUAGGAUUCAGUUUUUCUCGAGAAGAUAAUCUUAUACCAGAACAAAUCAAUGCCAGCAUAGUAAGGGUUAAAAAGCUCUUCCCUGGACAGCCUGCUGCAGAAAGUGGAAAAAUCGAUGUUGGAGACGUCAUAUUGAAAGUGAACGGAGCCUCAUUGAAGGGGCUGUCUCAGCAGGAAGUCAUAUCUGCUCUCAGGGGAACAGCUCCUGAAGUGUCCUUGCUCCUCUGCAGACCCCCACCCGGCGUGCUGCCAGAAAUUGACACUGCGUUUCCGACUCCGCUCCACUCUCCAGCACCAGCAUUUCUAGGCAGCAGUAAAGAUUCUUCUCAGCCGUCAGCCUUCUCAGUGGAGCAAGGCCCCGGCGUGGCGGAGAACGAGGUGUCUGGCAGACACAGGGAUCAGCGCAGGUGUCCCUCCAGGAGAGACAGCUCCAGUGACAGCAGCUUGAGUGGAGAGGACGACCGUGAGAGAGCUGCAGCCGAGCAACCAAAUGUAACCCUGGCUGCAGCUUUGACCCAGACUCUGAGCAACAUGAAGGCGCAUGGUCAACAUGAAGCACCCAGAAGCCAAGAAGAACCCACCCGUACCAUGUUUUACCUUCCUCGGAAAACACCCAGCAAACCGGAAUUUGAGAGCAGUCAUCCCCCUCCGGAUGUGAGUCCUGGACAGAUCUGUCAGUCCCAGUCAGAAUGUGCUGCUUCUGACUCGGUUGGGAAAUACUAUACACAUAUUGCUUCUGAGCUGAACAAACCAGAAAACUUGACCACUUUGAAUAAUGACCUGGGAAACCACCUGGAGGAUUCUGAGCUGGAAGUAGAGCUUCCCAUUACCCUAAUUAAAUCGGAACAAGGAAGUCUGGGGUUUACAGUAACCAAAGGCAGUCAGAGCAUUGGCUGUUAUGUCCAUGACGUCGUACAGGAUCCAGCCAAAGCUGAUGGAAGGCUGAAGCCGGGAGACCGCCUAGUAAAGGUUAAUGAUACAGAUGUCACAAAUAUGACCCACACGGAUGCAGUGAAUCUGCUGCGAGCUUCACCAAAGACGGUCAGAUUAGUUCUUGGGCGGAUUCUAGAGUUACCCAGGAUGCCAGUGUUUCCCCAUUUGCUGCCUGACAUUACAGUAACAUGCCGUGACGAGGAGUUAGGAUUUUCUCUGUCUGGAGGUCAUGGCAGUCCACAUGAAGUGGUGUAUAUUAGUGACAUUAACCCACAGUCGGCUGCAGCUGUGGAAGGUAACCUGCAGCUCCUGGAUAUCAUCCAUUAUGUGAACGGAGUCAGCACACAAGGAAUGACCUUGGAAGAAGCAAACAGAGCAUUGGACCUGUCACUUCCUUCAGUGGUGCUGAAAGCAACAAGAGAUGGUUGUCCGGUGGUGCCUAGUUCAACAAGACCUGCCAUUCCAGCACCCAAGCUCACCAAAGCCAACGGCCAUACCAGUACGCAGCCUUGUGGCCGUCCUGCUCUCACACCUAAGAAUUCCUUCUCCAAGGUUAAUGGGGAAGAAGUAGCUGAAGCUGUGUGCCCUAGAGGAAAAUGCUCAUCUUCUCAGAUGAGGGACUUAACGGACCGGACCGAAACCAAAGAAUCUGAUUCCCAGGAUGAUGACAUCUAUGAUGAUCCUCAAGAAGCUGAAGUUAUCCAAUCCUUGCUAGAUGUUGUGGAUGAAGAAGCCCAGAAUCUCUUAAACCAGACUAAUGCCACCAAAGGGGCCUAUUUUCCAGGUACGCGGAGGACAAACGGGGAGACACCAGAAGAAGGAGGAGCAGACACAGACUGUGAUGGUUCUCCGUUAGCUGAGGAUGUCCCCGAGUCAGUGAAUGGCUUUGAAGAAUGUAAAGAAAAAAUAAGCAAUGAAAGCUUGACUCGGGCAUCACAGGAGGGGAAGUCGGUCGGAGAAGAAGCCACACCCGGAAGCGGCGAGCUGCCAGUAGAGGCCCAAGACCACGAGGGUGCCAGCAAAGAUCACCCCUUUUUGACAAAUGAGGAGCUGGCUGCCCUGCCUGUGGUCAGAGUCCCUCCCUCCGGCAAGUACACCGGCACUCAGUUGCAGGCCACCAUCCGCACGCUUCAAGGCUUGCUUGACCAAGGGAUCCCUGCUCAGGAACUACAGAAUCUUCAAGAAUUAAAACCUCUGGAUCAGUGUCUGAUUGGACAAACUAAGGAAAACCGACGGAAGAACAGAUAUAAAAAUAUCCUUCCCUAUGACUCCACAAGAGUGCCUCUUGGAGACGAAGGCGGGUACAUCAAUGCCAGUUUCAUCAGGAUCCCAGUGGGGACACAGGAGUUCGUCUACAUUGCCUGCCAGGGGCCCUUGCCCACCACCGUGGGGGAUUUCUGGCAAAUGGUUUGGGAGCAGAACUCCACAGUGAUAGCAAUGAUGACGCAGGAAGUGGAAGGAGACAAAGUCAAAUGCCAGCGCUACUGGCCGAGCAUCCUGGGCACGACGACCAUGGCCAAUGAGAGGCUGCGCCUGGCUCUCCUGAGAAUGCAGCAGCUGAAGGGCUUCGUGGUGCGGGUGCUGAGCCUGGAGGAUAUUCAGACAGGAGAGGUGCGGCAUAUUUCUCAUCUGAAUUUCACUGCCUGGCCAGACCAUGAUACACCUUCCCAGCCAGACGACCUGCUCACUUUCAUCUCCUACAUGAGACACAUCCAUACGUCAGGCCCAGUGGUCACACACUGCAGUGCUGGCAUUGGGCGUUCAGGGACCCUCAUAUGCAUAGACGUGGUCCUAGGACUAAUCAGCCAAGAUCUUGAAUUCGACAUCUCUGACUUAGUGCGCUGCAUGAGACUACAAAGGCAUGGCAUGGUGCAGACAGAGGGUCAGUAUGUUUUCUGUUAUCAAGUUAUCCUGUAUGUCCUGACUCAUCUUCAGGCUGAAGAGCAGAAGACACAGCCAAGGCUCCCACAGUGACAGGAGCAGCCUCCCAUGUGCCUCCCAUGUGCCCCCAGCUGACUCCUGCUCCACUCAGACAAGAGCAGCCAGGUCAAGCAGUCAUAGCCUUGCUGCUGAGUCCCUCAUCCUUAGAGGAGGGCGCUCCUGGAAGACAUAUGUAUGUAUCAGGAUGUGGUACUUUUAUAGCUGCUUUGACCUCUGAUAAUUAUCAAAACUCAUUUAACCUGACCUGAACACGGCAGGUCUUAGGGCUGGAGGCAGCAUUUGAUCAGAGUGGACAUUGUUACAAAGACACAAUGAAUCUAUUUUUAAUGUACCAAAUCUUGUUUAUAGCAAAUUUUUCCAGUAUUUUAAUAAAGUAGAUUUAUUUUAUAGAGGAUACUUGAAGCCAGUAUUUAAGCUUUUAAUGACAGUAAUAUUGGCAUAGAAAAGAAACUAGCAAUGUUUACUGUAUCGGUUUCUAAUGUUUACUCUAUACAAUUUCCUGUAAUAUAUUUAUAUACUUUUCAUGAAAAUGGAGUUAUCACAUACCCAUUUGUACCUCUGUCAUCUCUUUUUAAUACGUCAUCUCACUUUGUAAAUAAAACUACACCUUAAACUUGGACAACCAA